UAUAUUGUUUUCGUCUAUAUUUGUUUACACUAUUGAAUACCAAUUUUUGAUGUUCGUGGAUAAAAUUCAUAUUUUUAAUCAUGGAUAUUAUAAGCUACAUAAAGGAAUCGAUAUGUUACUGACUGGGUCAAAGAGCGUAGUAAUACAUCAUUUAUAAAACGAAAUGGAUCCAGAUGACGUCAUAAAACGACAACCGAAUGAAGACAGAACACAUAAUACGAACACAAAAGCUACGUCAAAUGAUGAUGACGUUUCUUAUGUAGACAGUGAUACGCAUGCGCAAGCAUUUUGCUGUUGUAUCCACGGCUGGAAAAGUGGACCGGAUCCGCGAUGGUAUUACCCUUGGGAUAAAGGAAUUUACAGACUACUUGGUGUGUGCUGUAUGUGGUACUGUGUGUGCGCGUUUGUACCAUGUGUUAUGUGCAAUAAGACAGCCAGGGACAUUGUGUGUUGUGAGGGACAGUGUACUGAAAGUCGUAAACCCGGACACAUGGACGGUCACCCAGACGGUCACCCAGACGAAAGGGACGAGAUCGCAGAGGCGUAAUUACAUAUAAUCAAACCUAUUUAGUCUUCCGGUGAAAGAGAUACUGAUUUUCAUUUUUUAUGAAUUCUUUUUUUAAUUUCGCAAUCAUAUAGUUGCGAUAAAAUUUGCGUAAAUACUUAAGCCCAUAAAGGGCAAGA